GAAAUUGGAUAAAAUCGCGCCUAAUUCUACGUUUUCAGAAUCAUCGCCAUUUCAGUAAGAUAAACACUAGUUCUUGAGAUAGAUACGAACGAUUCUCUUCCUAUCACUUCCAUUUGUUCAUACAUACUUCGAUCUGUUGUUCUAGACCUCCAUGGCUGAUCACGACAUCCAGAAGGAAGACCCACUAUUGGACCAAAUCACUGACAAGUUUCACGACCAUGAUUCCUCCUCCUCCUCAUCAUCGGAUUCCGACAACGACGAAUCAUCAUCGUCACUCAAAUCUAAGGUUAAUCGUCUCUUUGGAAGGGAGAAACCACUUCACAAAGUCCUUGGCGGUGGUAAACCUGCUGAUGUUUUCCUAUGGAGGAACAAGAAGAUAUCUGGAGGAACCCUAGCUGUCGUCACUGUUAUAUGGGUUUUAUUCGAAUUGCUGGAGUAUCAUUUACUCACUCUUGUUUGCCAUGGUUUGAUAUUUGCUGUCGCUUCACUGUUCUUGUGGUCUAAUGCUACUGUUUUCAUUAACAAAUCUCCACCUACCAUUCCAGAGUUUCACAUCCCUGAGAAACCUAUUCUCGAAUUUGUCUCUGUUCUUAGGUUGCAGAUAAACGAGGGUAUUGCUCUCCUAAGGAAUAUUGCUUCUGGAAAAGAGUUCAAGAAGUUUCUUGUUGUAAUUUCUGGGUUGUGGGUCUUAUCUGUUAUCGGUGGCUAUUUCGAUUUGCUGACAUUGUUCUAUUUAGUGUUUGUUUUGCUUCAAACUGUACCUGUGGUGUACGAGAAAUACGAGGAUAAAGUGGAUGCAUUUGGGGAGAAGGCGUCGAUUGAGUUUAAGAAGCAAUAUGGAGUUUUUAAUGAGAAGGUUUUGAGUAAGAUUCCAAAGGGCUUCUCUAAAGGUAAAGGUAAGAAGGUUGCAUAAAUAAAGUGUUGUGUAUAAGUUGUGAACAUGGUGGUUGAAUUGUGUUUUCUAGGGUUUUGGCAUGUUUUAUAGAACUUGUGUAUGGUUUAAGUUAUAAAUAAUGGUUUUAUGGUCUUUGGAUUUGGAAUGUUGGAAGAAGAAUGGUUGAUGUUGAUUAGGUUUUGUUUGGGGUUUUCUCUUUUGAAUGUUGUAUAUUUUUACUUUGGAAUAAUAAUGUGCCAAUAAUGAAUGU